AUUUUUCUCUCAGGCAGGUGCAGGACAUCCUAACCCAGGGUCCUUACUGACACUCACAUUUUCAAGAUGGCGGCCUCCCUGUCAGGCUUAUUAAAACCUUGGAUACCGAGAGUGUUCCUGGUGAGAUGGAGCCGAUACAACCCGUACUACCUGGAGCCAGAGGUCAGGAAGGAGGUCUACAGCCAGCCAGAUUCAGAGCUGAGUGUUGAGGAGAAAGAGCAGCGAGACCUCAAAAUGAUCCGACCCAUAAAGGCAGCGACCAGCGGAGUCACCAGCUCUGUCUUCAGCGACCCAGUCCUCAGUAAAUUCAUCAACAUGAUGAUGGAACAUGGAAACAAGGUUUUAGCCAGAGAGAUCAUGACAGAGACCCUGGAGAACAUAAAGAGGAAGCAGGUGGAGAAGUACCACAAAGCUCCAGAGGGGCAGAAAGAAGAGGUUGAGUGUAACCCCUACACCAUCUUUCAUCAGGCUCUGAAGAACUGUCAGCCUGUUGUCGGUCUGGCCAGCAUCCGUAAAGGUGGAAGGAAUUACCAGGUGCCCAUCCCGCUUUCAGACAAGCGGCGCCGCUUCCUAGCUAUGAAGUGGUUGAUCACGGAGUGCAGGGACAACAAACACAGACGCACACACAUGUACGAAAAACUCUCCCAGGAAGUGAUGCUUGCUUUCGUCCAGGAGGGCAACAUCAUCAGGAAGAAGAACGAGCUGCACAAGAUGGCUGAGUCCAACAGAGCGUACGCCCACUACCGCUGGUGGUAGGAGGAACCCUCUCAGGACUAGACAGACAGAGCUGCUCAAAGUGCGACUGUAAAUAGUGAACAACAUAAAAACCUUUGGGUGUAAGGACAAUGUGUAAGAAGUGCUGUGGGAGAGCUCAAACAUGCAUGCAGGAGAACAGCUUAUGGUGACUUUUUGUACUGAGAACAUUGCGUCAUGUAUCAUAAAUGACCGUGCUUAUAAAUUGUAUUUAUAAUGAAUACACAAUAAACUGAAGUAAGAAAACAA